GUGGUCCCUCCCAGCGUGAAGAUCUCCUGUAAUGUUUAUUUCAGGAAACCUCACCGACUGACACCCAGUCCGCGGGCCCGCAGAGCUCGAACCGAGGGGAGAGAAAUGUGGCUGCGCUGCUGAACCGGAAGAAACAUGGUGUUCGAGUCUCUGGUGGUGGACGUGCUGAACCGCUUUCUGGGGGACUACGUGGUGAACCUCGACAGCUCGCAGCUGAACCUGGGCAUAUGGGGAGGUGAUGCAAUACUGCGAAAUCUUGAGAUAAAGGAAAAUGCUUUGAGUCAGCUGGACAUUCCUUUCAAAGUCAGAGCAGGACACAUAGGUCGCCUGGAGCUAAAAAUCCCCUGGAAGAAUCUGUACACACAGUCUGUGGAGGCCACACUGGAUGAGGUCUACUUGCUCAUUGUUCCUACUGCCAGUAUAAAAUACGAUGCUGAAAAGGAGGAGAAGCAGUUACAGGAGGCCCGACAGAGGGAGCUGCAAAGGAUCGAGGAGACCAAACAGAAAGCAGCUGAACAAGAGAAUCCAAAGACUGAGAAGCAAGACACCUUUGUUGAGAAACUUGUGACACAAGUGAUCAAAAACCUUCAAGUGAAAAUCUCUAAUAUUCACGUUCGCUAUGAAGAUGAUGUCACCAAUCCAAACUGUCCUCUCUCUUUUGGAGUGUCCCUCCAAAACCUCAGUCUCCAGACUGCUGAUGCAAACUGGAAACCCUGUCUUCUGGAUGAGAAAGCCAAAUUGUUUUUUAAGCUUGUUCGUCUGGACAAUCUGUUUGCCUACUGGAACGUGAACUCCGAACUGUACUCCAAUCACACGCCUCCUGAGGCCCUGCGACGUCUACAACAGAACGUGGCUAUCCAGAAUUCCAUUCCUCAUGACUAUAAUUUUAUUUUCCGUCCGAUAUCCGCCAACGCCAAGCUGCGUAUGAACCCUCGCUCAGACGUGGAUUUCUCCUCGCCGAAGGUGGAUCUGGUGGUUAACCUGCCGGAGGUGGCGGUGGAGCUCAGCAGACCACAGUAUGUCAGCAUUCUGGAGCUUUUGGGCUCUGUGGAUAUGAUGUCCCGUAAUCUUCCAUACAGGAAAUAUCGCCCAUGUGUGCCUGUCCACAACAAUGCUUACAACUGGUGGAGAUAUGUCAUCUCAGGCGUCUUAGAAGUCAAUGUAAAACCCCGCUUGCACAUGUGGUCUUGGCAGCACAUCCGUCACCAUCGGCAACUGGCGAAGCAGUACAAGGAACUCUAUAAAACCAAAAUCACCAGCAAGAAGCCAACAGAGGUUGUGUUAAAGAAGCUAGAGGACACAGAGAAAACUCUGGAUAUUUUCAACAUCACUCUGGCGAGACAGCAGGCUGAGAUGGAGGCCUCUAAAGCAGGGCUGCGGAUCUACCGGCCUGGAGUGAAAAUGGAGGAGGAGCAGUCUCAGGGCUGGUUUGGCUGGAUGUGGAACUGGUCUGGAGAUGGCAGCACACCGGCCAAAGAGGCCAAACCGGGAGCUUCAGGUUUUGACACCCUGAUGACUCCAGCAGAGAAAGCCAAACUCUACACUGCCAUCGGAUACAGUGAGACAGCUGUCAAUCCUAACCUGCCAAAAAGUUUUGAAGACAUGAAGGUUCGUUUCCAGUUGGUGAGCAUGUCCGUGUCCAUUAAAGAGAGCCGGGAGAAACCAGAGAUCAUCAGACUGUCUGUUAUCGGCCUCAGCGCCACGCUCACCCAGAGACCUUCAGCACAAGCUAUAAAGAUCAUUGCUCAGCUGUCAACGUUCGAGGUGACCGGCCUUCCUCGAAGCAAUGUGGCCCCUAUGCUGCUGUCGUCCCGCCGAGUGGUGGAGGAGAACAAGCCUCUGCUCAGCCUGAUGUUCGAGACCAAUCCAUUAGACGCCAAGGCUGACCAGAGACUGCAUGUGGAGUCACAGCCGCUGGAGAUCAUCUAUGAUGCAACUACUGUGAACAGCUUGUCUGCAUUCUUCAUGCCUCCAAAUGACCUGCAGCUUGACGAGCUGACCAACGCCACCCGCAUGAAGCUGGAGCAGUUCAGAGACCGAACAUCAACAGGUCUCAUGUACAUCAUUGAGACACAGAAGGUUCUGGAUCUGAAUAUCAAUCUCAUGGCCUCCUACGUGAUCGUUCCGCAAAUGGGCUUCUACGACCCCAGUCACAACCUGGCUAUUCUGGAUUUGGGUCAUUUUCAGAUGUCCAGUCAGAGCAAAGCUAAUUUGCCGCAGCUUUUAGCGGGAAGCAGCACUAUAGAGGACAUCAUGUCUCGAGCCUACGACAGCUUCGACGUCCAACUCAGCAGCCUUCAGUUCUUAUACACGAAACCAGAUGGCGACUGGAAGAAGGCUCGGAAGGAGCGACAGUCAGCUCUCCACAUUCUGGAACCAGUGGACCUAAAGGUGGUUUUUAGCAGAGCCAUGGUGGUCACUGACUCAAGGAUGCCAAAGUUCAAGAUGUCGGGAGAACUUCCCUUGCUCUCUCUGCGGAUCUCAGAUGACAAAGUGCGCGGAGUUCUGGAGCUGAUUGACAGCAUUCCACUUCCUGAGAGCCGCCCUCCACCCCGGACUGCUGCAACGCAAGUCACACCUAAGGUGCUGAAACAGAGGGACACCCCUCAGCUCACCCCCAGGAGACCAGCCAUGACGGACCUGCGCUCCUCAAUAAUCUUUGAUUCAGGCUCAGAGGAAGACUUGUUCUUCGAUGCUCCCAGCUCUCCUAUUGAGGAUCUGCCGUUCUUUGAGGCCAGCCCAGGUGCUUUGGAGCGAUCGGCCUCCGUUAAGAGAAGAUCCAUGGUGAAGCAGGACCCCAAGAAGAACAUGACCGAGUUCCUGAUGAACUUUGAAAUUAGCAAGCUGUCCAUCCAGCUCCUGCGCCUUUCAGCAGGACAAGAAGUUCCAGUUCUGCAUCUGGAGAUCGAGGGUCUCGGGACAGAGCUCAAACUUCGUACCUUUGAUAUGAGCUCAUACACCUUCCUGCGUGAAAUCUGCCUGGAGUGCUCCGAAUACCAGGAUGGAGAUGGGAGGAAGGUUCACCUCAUCACCACAUUAGACAACACAGAGGAUGAUCUGCUCACACUAGAAUAUGUGAAGGCGGACAAGAAUGCUCCAGAUUUCAAAUCGGCGUAUAAAAACACAGAACAGCUCAUAAAGGUGAAUUUCUCCUCGCUGGACAUUCACCUGCACACUGAAGCUCUCCUCAACUCCAUGAACUUCCUGAACAGCCUCCUGCCUCCUCCUAAGAAGCAGCCGCCGAGCGAGCAGCCUUCCCCACCACUGGAGGAUGAAGGAGAGGAAGACGGAGAAGAGGAGAAGAAAGAUGAGCACGCCGUUGUCAAGAGAUCCAUUUCAAAGAAGUCCAAGUAUGAGGAUGUGGUGAACCUGGAUAUCAGAGCAGAUCUGUCAUGUCUGAAGGUUUUUAUCAGAGGAGAGAAAGCACGAAUUUCUGAAAUAAGUAUAGAAGGUCUAGUGUCUGAAGUGCAGAUGAAGAAGAAAUCUGUAGAGAUUUGGGCCAAUCUGAAGAAAAUUGUGAUUCUGGACUGUGAUAAAGAUGCUCUGUACAAAAAGGCGGUGUCCAUAGCAGAUAAGGAGGUGUUUGAUUUCCGUAUGGUGAACUACGUGGACGCUACGGAGGGAGACGCCUACAUGGACAUGCAAAUAGUGGACACCAGUGUCACUCUGACCGUGGGCUGCAUUCAAGUCAUCUUCCUCAACAAGUUCGUCUCCUCAGUGUUGGCCUUCAUUAAUAACUUCCAGGAGGCUAAAGAGGCUCUAGCCGAGGUGACGGUUCAGGCUGCAGAAAAAGCAGCGACGGGUGUUCUGGAACUGGCUGAGAAAAGCACACGUAUCUCGCUGGACGUGGACAUCAAAGCACCCGUUGUUUUUCUCCCACAAUCCUCCAUUUCUACCAAUGUUAUUGUGGCUGACCUGGGUUUAGUGACCGUGAAGAACCACUUUGAAAUCGUCCCCUCACCGUCGCACACUAAAAUCCCUCCUAUUCUGGAUGUCAUGAGUGUGGCGCUGAGCGAUCUGAAGAUGUACAGAACCACCUUCAAGGAUGAAAAGUUCCAGACUGAGAUUCAGUUACUGAAGCCUGUAAACAUGGAUCUGUCAAUCAAGCGCAAUCUCUCUGCCUCCUGGUACCACAGCCUCCCAGACAUUCAGAUCAAUGCACACCUCAAACCCAUGAGUCUGAUUCUCAGUCAGGAAGACAUGAUUGUGGUUUUGAGGACUCUGAGUGAGAACCUGUCUGAGACGUCUGAUGCCGUUCCCGCCCCAAAAGGCUCUGAUAAAGCAGAAACAUCCUCCACCAAAGAGUCUCAGGGAUCUGGAGCAGGGACCACGGUAGUAACAGCAGCGGUGGUGGAGGGCCAGAAGGCUGCCAAACUAAAGAGCACUCUCAAACUCCACUUUAAGUUCGACUCCAUGACCCUGGUCUUGUACAACUCAAGCGGGAGUGAGACUCUUCUGCUGGACUCUCGGGAUGAGCAGUUGAAGCUGGCAGAGUUCACACUGGGCACAAUCUCCACUGCAGUACACAUGUACUCAGACAGCUCUAUGACGGCCUCCGUCAAACUUGCUGAAUGCUUACUGGACGACAAAAGAAAGAUCGUCAAAAUGAUCACGUCCAGGAUGAUGGCAAUGCGUAAGGGUGCUGAGCAGAACACCAUGGUGGAUGUGAACUAUCGUCAGGGCAGAGAGGGCACCACCCUGGAGACGGUGGUUCAAGAUCUCUACCUCUGCGCCAGCAUGGAGUUUCUGCUCACUGUGGCAGACAUCUUCAUGAAAGCUAUGGCUCAGGGCUUCUCCAGCCCACCAAAGAGCAACAAACAGACCACCGCCACCAAAGAUGCAGCUCCUGCUCAGCCUGCUGCUUCAAAAAUGGAGAUGAACAUUGUUGUGAAGAAUCCUGAGAUCGUGUUUGUGGCCGAUUUGACCCGCGCUGACGCUCCGGCCCUCGUCAUGACUACACAGUGUGAGCUACUGAUGAAGAGUGACCCAAACAGCCAGCAGAUGACUGCAGCCAUUACUGACCUGAAGGUGGUGGCAUGUCCGUUUGUGCACAAGCAGCAGGACAGUAACAUCACCACGGUCCUGCAACCCUGCCAGGUUUUCUUCACUAGCAAGCAGUCUCCGACCCAGCCCCAGGCAAUAGAGCUCUCCAUCAACUCCCUCACACUGAAGGUUUCUCCCAUCAUCAUAAACACAGUCAUUACUAUACAGUCAGCGCUGACUCCUGCAGCAGAGACCCCAGAGGAGCUGGAGAGCCCCGUACCCCCUGACCUGUGGGAGCGACGGGAUUGGAAGGACCUCAAACUCUGGUUUCUGGAAGAGGAGGGAGAGGAGGACACCCAGUCUGUGACCCCCCUGAUUCCACAGGGCGAGUCACUCCAGCUCAGGAUUUCCUCCAUCUGCCUGACUCUAGAGGCUGGUGUAGGCCACCGCACAGUGCCCAUGCUGCUGGCUAAAUCCUCCUUUCACGGAGACGUGAAGAACUGGAGCACCCUCAUCAACCUGCACUGCCACCUCAACAUGGAGGUCAAUUAUUAUAAUGAGAUUAUGGGAGUGUGGGAGCCACUGCUGGAGCCGCUUGAAGAUGACACCAAAGAUGGCUUCAGACCUUGGACCCUAGAUCUAAAGAUGAAGAAAAAGCAAGCUAAUCGAUCAGGUAUAUCAGAUGAGGUGGACUACAUUGUGCCUGAUUACAAAACGGUCAUUAGUAUCACUAGCAAAGACCAACUCAACAUCACUCUGACUAAGUGCGGUCUGAACAUGCUCAGCAACCUGGGAACGGCGUUUGCGGAAGCUGCUAAGCAGACUGCAGAGUGCUUCCAGAAAGACCAGGCUCCCUUCGUAGUGAAGAAUCGUCUGGGUCUGCCAGUGUCUGUGCUGUACAGCGAGGUGUUUAAGCCGAUUGGGGUUCAGUCGAAGGGCCGAACUGUGGAGCUUCAGGAUGGAGAGAGUCUGAACAUGGACUAUACGCUCACCACUGCUGAUGCUGAUCAGUUCUCUGCAAUGACCAGCCUCAGUAGCAAGAACUACAUCCAGCCAACUCCAGUUGGACACACUACUGCCUCUGUCAUACCACUCAUCAAAGUGGGCCGAGGGAUGUACAGUGUAAUGCACUUGGACUCUGGUGUUACACGCUUCUUUAUCUGUCAGAUUUCCUCCAACGAGGGAAGCAAGUUCGUCAAGAUCCGGUCACCCUUUCAGUUCAUCAAUCACUUCUCGGUUCCGUUCCGGGUGUUUGAGGGCUCCACGUGUCUGGGCAUUUCUCUACCCAAUGAGGAGUUCUGUGUUCCUUUGGGCUCCUACAAAGCUCAGCUGAGUCUGCAGCCCGCAGCUGAGGGAGACGAGCAGUACGAAUGCUCAGAAAGCUUCAGCUACGACGAAGUCAGUCAGAAACCAGACGAGUGUGUGGAGAAAACGUGCCGGCACCACAGCAGUGAUGCUCAUGUGUUCAAAGUAAACAUGGUUGCAGUUCGGGACACAGUGACGUCCCUCAACGCACAGGAGGAGUUUGACAAGCCAUACGUCCUUCAUCUGUGGCCUACCGUGCUGCUCCGCAACCUCCUGCCGUACCCCAUCACCUACAGCUUACUGGCUAUUGGAAGCCCCACCCCCACUCAGCUGAAGGAAGGCCACUCGUCUCAGCUCCACACAGCCGUCAUGGAUCAUUCCAGUCUGGAGCUGAAGCUGCUGGGAUACCUGCAGCAGGACUGGGUGGCCCACUAUCAUCUCCGCAACGACCACGACGAGAUCAACUUCAUCACCUUCCGCUCGGCCCUGCAGGACGACGACGUGGACGGGGAGAGCUCCAGGGCGGAGCUCGAUAUAGCCGUUCAUGUGAAGAAGGAGGCGGGGCAGGCGGUGGUGGCCGUUCACUCUCCAUACUGGAUGGUGAAUAAGACAGGAAGACUGCUGCAGUACAAAGCCGACGACAUCCACCGCAAACAUCCCAAAGACUACGACAUGCCUCUUCUGUUCUCCUUCAAACCUCGUAACUUCCUGCAGAACAACAAGGUUCGCCUGAUGAUUUCAGACAGUGAGCUGUCUGAUGAUUUCUCUAUAGACACGGUGGGGAGUUACGGUGAUGUUAAAUGCAAAGGAAGGGCCAAAGAUUACCUGGUAGGAGUGAAGAUUGACGCCAGUAGCUUCAGUUUGACGCGGCUGGUGACCGUCCUGCCCUUCUACAUGCUGGUGAACAGAACUAAACACGUGAUCCGAGUGUGUGAGGAGGGUCAGGACGAGUGGACCGAGGCUCAGCCGGGAGAGGCUGCGGUUCCGUUCUGGCCGGAGAGAGAGUCGAAGAAAAUGAAGGUUAAAGUGGACGGCUGCCAGACGGCUGCUCACACCAUCAACUUCCACCAGCCUGAGAACUGCCUCCUGCUGCACCUGGACAACACACUGGGUGGAAUUAUCGUUGAUGUAAACCUGACAGAACACUCAGCUGUGAUCCGCUUCUCUGAUUAUCACGAUGGAGCAGCUCCCUUUCUCCUGAUUAACCACACCAAGGACAAAACCCUGGAGUUCUACCAGAGCUGCAAGGAGCGUAGGAGCUCUACUUGGCUUCCUGAGGAUUUACUGGACCUCUCCUUAUCACUGGGGGAGGAUAGAGAGACUCGAGGUUCUCACCAGCAGGAGAAGGAAGAGCUGGCUCCAGGUCGAGCCGUGUACUACACAUGGGCCGAACCCACGGGGUCUCGCGUCCUGCGCUGGAGCUGGGGUCCAUACAGCGCAGAGCUGAAGAAUGAGGAGGACCUCCUGAAGGACGUGAACGACGAGGGCAAACUCUUUGUGAUCUCGUUUUAUGAGGGUCUCCAGCGGGUGGUGCUGUUCACCACAGAGCGCCGCAUCUACAAGCUGCUGUGUGAGAGCGAGCGGGUGGAGCUGGCUGAACAGGAGAUCAGUCUGGCACUGCAGGACAUGGGCAUCUCGCUGGUCAACAACAGCACCAGUCAGGAGAUAGCCUACAUCGGCAUCACCAGCUCGGACGUGGUGUGGGAGAUCAAGCCGAAGAAGAAGAGCCGCUGGAAGGUUCUGAAUGGGAAAGAUGCUGAGAUGUUGGAGCAGCACUAUAAAUCCUACGUGGAGAGCAGCCCAGUGGAUCACAGCCUGUUAGAUCUGGAGAACGGUUACCAGGUGUGUUUGACUCCUAACAGUGUGGAUAUGAGGAUGCUGCAGCCGUAUGAUGCUCCUCUGAGGAGGAACUUCUUGCCGGCUCUGAAGGUGGAGUACAGCGUCUCGGCUCGGCAGAAAGCGUACCGCGUUCAGAUCAACAGGGUUCAGAUCCAGAAUCAGUUGCCUGGAGCCAUCUUCCCCUUCGUCUUCUACCCAAUUAAACCUCCCAAAUCUGUCCGAAUGGACUCAGAACCCAAACCAUUUACUGAUGUCAGCAUCAUCACGAGAGCAGCAGGACACUCUGAUAUCCUGCGCAUCAAGUAUUUUAAGGUGUUGAUUCAGGAAAUGGACCUGCGCAUGGACCUGGGCUUCUUGUAUGCCAUACUGGAGCUGUUUACUGCUGAGAACGCUGGUACCGUCACCUCAGAACAAGAGGUGGAGCUUUUUGAGAAGGAUAUAGAGUACUUGAAGACUGGCUUAAACCCUGUAUCCGCCACAGACACAUCCCCCAUCAGUCUCUACGAGUACUUCCAUAUCUCUCCCAUUAAGCUUCAUCUGAGUUUCUCUCUGAGUUCUGGCGGUGAGGACGGGAAUAAGACAAAGAGAGAGACAGAAAUGAUUCCUGUGCAGUCGCUCAAUCUCCUGCUGAAGAGUAUAGGAGCUACGCUCACUGAUGUUCAGGACGUCGUCUUCAAGCUUGCCUUCUUUGAGCUGACCUUCCAGUUCAGGACCACCCAGCAGUUGCAGUGGGAGGUCAUCCGCCAUUACUCCAAACAGGCUAUCAAGCAGAUGUACGUGCUGGUGCUGGGUUUGGAUGUCCUUGGUAACCCCUUUGGGCUGAUCCGGGGUUUGUCAGAGGGGGUGGAAGCCUUCUUCUAUGAGCCCUAUCAGGGAGCUAUUCAGGGUCCUGAGGAGUUUGUGGAAGGCAUGGCUCUGGGUGUAAAGGCUCUGGUUGGAGGUGCAGUAGGAGGUCUUGCGGGAGCAGCUUCUCGCAUCACGGGUGCAAUGGCUAAAGGCGUGGCUGCCAUGACCAUGGAUGAAGAGUAUCAGCAGAAAAGGAGAGAGGCCAUGAACAAACAGCCCAGUGGACUAAAAGAGGGCCUGACCAGAGGAGGAAAAGGACUCGUCUCUGGGUUUGUGAGCGGCAUUACAGGAAUCGUAACCAAGCCCAUUAAAGGAGCUCAAAAGGAGGGAGCAGCUGGAUUCUUUAAAGGUGUUGGAAAGGGACUUGUAGGAGCCGUAACUCGACCAACAGGGGGCAUCAUUGACAUGGCCAGCAGUACCUUCCAGGGCAUUAAAAGAGCUGCAGAAACGAGUCAGGAUGUGGAGAGCUUGCGACCGCCGCGAUUUAUUCACGAGGACGGUGUCAUCCGACCAUAUAAGGAGAGAGAGGGCUUCGGCAGCCAGAUGUUACAGAAAAUUGAAAAUGGACGAUUUGCAAAGUACAGAUAUUUUGCUCAUGCCAAGGUGAACGAUUCGGAUUUCCUGAUGAUCACGAAAAGGGGGAUUUUUUUUGUUACAAAGGGCACUUUUGGUCAGUUGACCUGCGAGUGGCAGUAUCUGUUCGAUGAGUUCACCAAAGAUCCUAUGAUUGUUGAAGAUAGACGACUCCGCAUUGAGGCAAAGGAAAGAGUGAAGUCUGUUUUUCAUGCCAAGGAAUUUGGAAAAAUCAUCAACUUCAAGACUCCGGAAAUAGCCAAGUGGGUUCUGGCCAAGCUCCAAGAUGCCCGGGAAAGUCUGCCAAAAUAGCGCCUGCGUGUGGACGUUAGCCUUAAGAAUAUCUGAGAUCUCACACAGACCACCUCUGCCCCCUUUAGAGUGUGCCUUUACUUAUAUGCAAAACAACACUAAACACUUCAAGAAAAGAGAGGAAAAAAAAACUGUUUUUACCAUCAGUUCUAGUGACUGUUAGAGGUAUGCAUGUGUGUAUACUCUUAAUUGUUUACAUUUCUUCAUCUUUUUAGUCACUUUUUUGAGUCGAAUGCCUUGUUUGCAUAUAAACAUACCAAAUCGAACAUUUUAUUUAAGCUGGUCCUAUGUUUGUUUUUUUGUUAGUUUUUUGGGAAAUAAUUUAUUUAGUGACACAGUGGUUAAGUAAUACUGUAAAGGAUAAAUAAGUUGUACAUUUAAUGUAUUAGACAUACAACCUUUAUUUUUUACUGGUUGCAGGGCCGGCAUUUUAUACCUCUGAAGGAGGUCCUGUCUACAUUUGGUUUUACUUUUGGUCAUAUAAAGAAUUAUAUUUAAUAGAGAUAUAUGUAUGAGAGGGCUGAAACCGUUUACAGCUCUGUUCUAUAUAAUAUUAUUAUUACUUCCAUUCGAUUAUUAUCUGAUUUGGCCACAUCUUAAGAAAUGGUGCCCAAUAAAAAAAAUAAAACAGGAAUGGCUACAUACAUGCCAUCCACAAAGGUGGCCUCCUCUUUCCCAGUUUAAAGGUUCCUUAUACUUACACUCUGCCUCUGUUACAUAGAUUGUUCUUUAUAACACCAAAAGUGAUUCCUCUAUAGCGUCACUCAAAGAACCCUGUGAAUCACCUUUAUUUCUAACAGUGCAGGAUUCAGAUUUCUCUCUUGAGCUCACUAAGUCUGUUUACACCUGGUGUUCACAAAGGUUUUAGUAAUGGGAUCACGCUGGAUUCCAGGUUCUGUUGAGACUGAAUUAAGAUUGAAUCAAUUAAACUACUCUGGGAAGUUGUGGGAGGUGGAUCUUGUUGGAUACAGUCAGGCGAGUGGAAAUAUUCACACUACAAGUAUUUAUUACUGUUGAUCUUGGCUUCUCUCUCCCUCUGUCUCCCUCCCUCCAGUUACUAUCCGGAUACAAAGUGCAUGUUAAUGUCAGGUGUAAACAGCUCCUAAAUGUUGUGAGCCUUAAUGUCUGAUGGAACAUUCCACUUCCAGCUAUAGUUCAGCAAUCUUCAUUUAUUGUAUUCACUUUUUAUUAUUCAGCACUGCUUAUUGCUCCUUUAAAUUCAUCCUGUACAAAGUCCUUCAGAUUUUAUUUAUGGAAAAGAGAAAUGAAGACCAAUUUAUAUAUAUAUGUAUGUAUGUAUGUAUUAAUGGGGAACAUGUGUAAAACACUUAAGAUGACAAGAAUGUUUAAAAGCAGACUGGUUGGUUUGGCAGAACAUGAAUAUUUUUGUAUUUUGUAUUGCUUCUGCAUGAAAACUUUUCGGCUGGCCACUGCAUCCAUUUCACUGUUUACAGCUUCUGAACAGUAUUGUACUGUAAAUAUUUAUUGGCUUUGGUACUUACUGUUGAUUUACUCUCAGCCUUUCUAUGCAGAUUGUAUACUGAUAUAUGGUACCUUUAACAAUGAUACAUGAGGGAUUAAUGCCACAAAUAUGCAAUAAUAAUUAGCCUUUCAGUGGAGCUAAUGUUAAUUUGUUUUCUUAAAUAUGUGUUGGUUAAUGCACUGUUAAUAUGUCACUGGAUAUGAUUUCAAUGUUUUUUUUUUUCCUUUUAUUUUUAACUUGAGUAUGCCUAUUGAAUAAAUGUAUUUUGAUCAACUUUA